AUGUCUUCGAACUCUACUCUCAACGGAGACAUCGAGGUCGCCUCCAAAGAGCAAGAAAAACCUUUCCAUGGUAGUGUUCUCCCAACCGACCUAUCCGACGGUCCCUCCAAGGACUUCAAUUUUCUCCCCAUUCCAAAACGGCUUCGAUAUCAUCCCGCAAAACCAUUUAAUUUCAAUAUAUGGAUGAACUGGGGGCUUAGCUUUGCUGCUACGUUCCUAAUCUCAAACAUGUAUUAUUGUCAACCAUUACUCAUUCAAAUGUCGAUUACGUUCGGGGCUUCCUACGAGGCCGUCUCCAAAGUCCCGACUUUGAUACAGGCAGGAUAUGCAGUGGGGCUGUUCUUCAUCUGUCCAUUAGGAGACCUUGUGCGACGGCGGCAGCUGUUGUUGCUCCUCGUAUUCGUCACAGCCACACUAACCAUCGGGUUGGCAAUUACACGGAGUAUCUUGGUGUUUCAAAUCCUGAAUUUUCUGAUUGGCCUGGCCAACAUCUCCCCGCAGAUUCUGGUACCUCUCGCUGCUGAUCUCGCGCGUCCUGAGCAAAGAGCAUUUGCCUAUUCCAUUGUGCUCACCGGCAUGUUGUCAGGUGUCCUCAUUGCUCGAGUGCUCUCUGGGGUGAUAGCACAGUUUUCUUCCUGGCGUGUCGUGUAUUAUAUGGCAAUCGGUGCCCAAUACCUCAUUCUCCUUGUCAGUUAUGCCGUGAUUCCGGACUAUCCCGCAAAGAACAAGGAUAUGACUUAUCAGGGUAUUCUCUGGAGUAUGAUAAAGUACUCGGUGACGGAACCACUCGUCGUACAAGUCGAAAUCAUGUCAAUAAUGACAAGCGCGUGCUUUUCGAGCUACUGGGUUACGUUAACCUUUCUACUAGGAGGACCGCCAUACAAUUAUUCAACUCUGGUGAUUGGACUCUUCGGUCUACUAGGCCUUGCUGGAAUGGCCAUGGGUCCAUUUGCUGGUAGAAUUGUGGAUAACAUCGCACCUUGGUAUGGAAUGCUCGUAUCGACCAUUCUGCUUCUGGUUUUCCAGUCUAUACAGACUGCUGCUGCAGGCUUUAGCAUUGCAGCCGUCAUUAUAGCGUGCAUUGGGUUGGAUGCCAUUCGGCAAAUGCAAAAUGUCUCGUUGACUACAGCAGUUUUCAGUAUUACGUAG